UACUACUACUACUACUAUCUUCUGCCAUCGAGGUUGCUGCUGGAGUUGGCUACCCGUUGGCCAUAAUAUUGAGUACUUAGCGAACUACUUUAACAAUCACAACCUAUAGCAAUUUACCGAAACAAAAAUGAGACCGUUAAAGACAGAAGAGACCAAUUUGGUGUUCCAGAAGUUGAAACAUUACAUAGGAAGUAAUGUUAAAGCUCUACUGGAAAGGUCAGAUGGAAUUUAUUGCUUCCGCCUUAACAAGGGAAAAGUUUAUUAUGUUAAUGAAAACCUGAUGAAACUGGCAGCAACCAUGCCAAGAGACUGCAUUGUUGCACUGGGAGUAUGCUUUGGGAAGAUUACCAAAGGAGGAAAGUUCCUUUUGCUCAUAACAGCACUUGAUUACUUGCACAUGUACUGUCAGAACAAAAUUUGGUUGAAAGAAUCUGCAGAACAGAAUUUCAUGUAUGGAAACCAUGUGCAUAAGGCAGGAUUGGCACGUAUGUCAGAAAAUAUUCCAAAACACUCGGGUGUUAUUGUAUACUCUUCAAAAGAUAUUCCUUUGGGUUUUGGUGUCACAGCAAAAGCUUCUGUUGACUGUCGGCGAGCAGAUCCCAUGGAUAUCAUAUGUUUUCAUCAAGCAGAUAUUGGAGAGUACAUUAGAAAUGAAGAAGAUCUCUUGAGCUAGUCUUUGCUUUACUUUCUAAUGUUAGUACACCAUUGAAGAGAAGAUAUGUAUUAUGUAGUAUAUUUUUUCUUUUAUCCCUAAUAUUUUGGUAUGACCUGCCAAAUAAAAACAUUUUUUUUAUUGUU